UUUUCUUUUCUUUUCUUUUCUUUUCUUUCUCCUUUCCGUUUUCUCUCUCUUUUCACUACAUUCCAUUUUCGAUCCCUUGUCUAGUUUUCGUUUUCAUCUUCAUGCAUCCAUAAACUCCGUGUUUAAUUCGUUGCAUGUUACAUUCAUUAUCCCUUCGAAACACUCUGACUCCAUUUCGUCAUUUAUUAUAUUUCUUCGUUCGUAUCGCGUUUUUCUCCCCUCUAAACAACAACAACAACAAAGUAGAAAAUAUAUAUACUUUUGCUGCAUUCUUUGACCGUAACGGCUUCUUGAAUUCCCUCGUUCUCAUUCUCAUUCGAAUGAUUCAAUUGAACUCACUCAACCCUUAUUAGUGCCGCUAUCUGACUAUAUAUAUACAUUCACGGCAACAGUGCUUAGUAUCUAGUAGAACUUACUAACAAUAGCAAAAUAUGGCCCCCGCAGCAGCUUCAGCAAGUAACUGGCUCUCAUUUUCUCUCUCUCCUAUGGAAAUGUUGGCUUCUUCCCAUCAUCACCAAACUCCCCAGAUUCUCCCUUCUUCCAUUUCCAACUCUUCUCCUAGUCAUAAUUACUAUCUUGACCCUUUCUACACCACCGAUUGGGGGAAUCAGAAGCCGGGAAUGGGGAUGUACACCGACUAUGUGCUGGACCAGCAGAUAGAGGAUAACAACAACCAACAACACCACCACCAUUCAACUUCAUCAACGGUGCCGAAACUCGAGGAUUUCUUUGGCGGUGAUCAUCAUCACAAUAACAACAACAACAACAACAACAAUACGGCGUCGUAUAACAGUCAUAACGAGACAACAACUCAGGACUCAUCUUCUCAGUUGACUCAUUUCUACGACCCACAACACCAAAGCUCGACCCCGGACUACUUCACAAACAACCACCACCACCACCACCAGCAACAUCAACAGCAAGAUCUGAAAACGAUGACAUCUUCAGCCGGAUUUCAAGCCGCGUUCUCUGCGAACUCCGGCUCUGAGGUGGAUGACUCGACGGCGACUCAUCUUGGGUGCGGUGGAAGUGGGGCUGAGUUUUUGGGGCAUUCUGUUGAGUCGACUCAGACCGAGUUGGUCCCGAGUUACACCGCUAACAACAACAACAGCAACAAUGGCGGGAGUUUGUCGCUUUCUGUAGUUCCACAAACUGCAGAAAAAUCAAUAGUUGCUGUAGAUACUGAUAAUAAUAGUAUUAAGAAGAUUUCUGAUACUUUUGGUCAGAGGACCUCCAUUUACAGAGGUGUUACGAGGCAUAGAUGGACGGGACGGUAUGAAGCACAUCUGUGGGAUAACAGCUGUAGAAGAGAAGGGCAAGCCAGAAAAGGGCGUCAAGUCUAUUUAGGUGGGUAUGAUAAAGAAGAUAAGGCAGCUAGGUCUUACGACUUGGCAGCUCUAAAGUACUGGGGCCCCACCGCCACCACCAACUUCCCGAUAUCUAGUUACACCACAGAAUUAGAGGAUAUGAAACAUGUUACCAAGCAAGAAUUCAUCGCUUCACUCCGAAGGAAAAGUAGUGGUUUCUCUAGGGGCGCAUCCAUUUACCGGGGUGUUACAAGGCAUCAUCAGCAAGGGCGAUGGCAAGCAAGGAUAGGCCGUGUUGCUGGCAACAAAGAUUUGUAUCUCGGAACAUUUGCAACCGAAGAGGAAGCAGCCGAGGCCUAUGACAUAGCAGCUAUCAAGUUCAGGGGUGUGAAUGCAGUCACCAACUUCGAGAUGAAUCGAUAUGACGUGGAAGCAAUCCUUAACAGCAAUCUUCCUAUUGGUGGGGCCGCCAAGCGGUUGAAGCUUGCUACAGAGGCUGCUGAUCAGAAACCAUCACUCCGCCUAGACCAACAACAAUCACAUUCUAGCAACGGAAGUAGUGGUGGUACAGGUAGCACCAUCAACUUUUCUGCUAUCCAAUCAGUUCCUCCUAUCUCAUGUGCAAUGCCAUAUGAUACUGCAACAGCCAUCUUCCACCAGAACUUAUUCCACCACCUGAAUUCCAAUGGUGGACCCCAUCAUCAAGCGGUUGUCUCAUCUGAGGGUUAUGGUUCGGGAGUAGGGGUGUCGCAAAUGAUGUCGCUGAUGCCACAGACACCAGCAGAGUUUUACAUAUGGCCUCAUCAAUCAUAUUAACAAGCUAGGUGAAUAGGUGAUGAUCAACUAAUGGGGUAGUGGUGGGAGGUUAAUUAGAAGGUUUUAGGUUUUUAGGUAUUAGUUCAGCUUAAGUUAGUGGCUAUUGAUUAAAGAGAAAGCUAAUUUUGAAUCCCAGAGAUGUCUCUCUCUCCUAUUAACAGGUUUUCCCUAUCAUUUCCAUAUCAGCUGACCCAACAUUUAUUAUGUUUUGAUCUUAGUAUCUGACCCAUUUAGCCUCCUAGUGUAGCGAUUAACCUUUUGACAAAGGCUGAUGAUAGUAGAAAUCCCGGGUUUCGUUUUGAGAGUUGGUAGAAACUAGAGGCAAAUACUGGAAAUUUUGUGUAUGUAUAGCUUUAUUUCAAUAGCUCAAUCGCGAGAUUGGUGAAAUGGGUCGUGCAAAAAUGACUUCCAGAAAAAAAAGGAAAAAAGGAAAAAAAGUUUAUCUUUUCUAGUUCA